AUGACGGGAAAGGCUAUUGGAAUUGAUCUAGGAACAACCAACUGUUGUGUUGCUUACUAUUCCAAAGGAUUAAAGGUUAUAGAGCACGGGCCAAGCGUCUAUCUUCCAUCGGUUGUCACAUACUCUUCAAAAGAUAGAGUACAUAUUGGUUUGGAUGCUUUGGACAAAUCAGUGGAGAAUCCUAAAACCACUAUUUCUAACUCAAAGAGGUUUAUUGGUUUGUGUAAAGAUGAUCCUGCUGUUAUCAAAGAUUCUAAAUUUAUUCCAUACGAAAUUGUUAAUCAAGACGGGAAGGUAGCAUUUAAGCUUGAAUUUGACAAUGACAACGACACAAAAAUAGUUUGCCCAGUAACAGUGGCCUCCAUACUAUUGUCCAAAAUUAAAACAAAUGCUGAAAACUUUUUUAAGCAACCAGUAGAAUCCGCAGUUAUUACAGUCCCAGCUUACUUCAACAAUAUGCAACGUGAAGCAACUAAACUUGCUGCAGAAACUGCUGGGCUUCGAGUUUUGUCCAUCAUCAACGAACCUACCGCUGCUGCUAUUGCAUACGGGAUAGAAACAGAUUUUGACAAUGAUUUAGAAAAAAUUGACCAUUUAUCAAAUCCUAAAAAGGGGAAAAAUAUUCUUGUAUUUGAUCUUGGUGGUGGUACAUUUGAUGUUUCUAUUGUCAAUGUUUUAAAUGACGAUUACAAAGUACUUGCGACAGAAGGAGACUCGCACUUGGGUGGCAGCGAUUUUGAUAACAGGAUAUUUCAAUAUUUUACCGAAGAAAUAAAAUUACAUCAUGACAUUGAUGUUUCUCAAGACCGCUUCUUAAAAUUUAGACUCUUGCGAGCUUGUGAAGAAGCUAAAAAAAAUCUAAGCGCUUUUCAUAAGGCUACAAUUUCUGUUCAUGGGAUCACAAAUCAAUCUCAAUAUAAGUCUACUAUAACUCGUCGGCAGUUUGAAUCCAGUUGCAAUGAUUUAUUUGAAAAAACCCAAAAUACCAUAAAGAAUGCGAUUAAACUUGCAAACUUAACUAAUGAAGAUAUUGAUUUCAUUGUUCUAGUGGGAGGCUCAAGCAUGAUUCCUUAUUUUAAUAAUAUGAUUCUAAAUCUUUUACCCCAUUCCAAAAUAUGCAAAGAUGUUGAUCCUGGGCAUGCUGUUGCUUUUGGGGCCGCAUGGCUGGCAGCUGUUUAUUCUGAUGAUAUUGAGGGGAAUGUUUCCAAAAUCAAGUUUUCCGAUGUGACGCCAUUGUCUUUGGGAAUAGAAGUUAUUUUUGGCGAGUUUCUUAAAAUAAUUGAAAAAAACACAGCUAUUCCAAUCUCAAUAACCAAAAUGGUCACAACUUGCAAAGAUUUCCAAACUGUGAUUAAUUUCAAAGUUUUUCAAGGCGAGCGUAUUACCUCUAAAGACAAUUAUUUAUUGGGGCAAUUCCUUUUUGAUAGGAUUCCUGCUAAACUCAAAGGAAAAGUAAUUAUAGAAGUUACGUUUUCAAUCGAUGAAAAUGGAAUUUUAACAGUCAAGGCACAUGAAAAAAGCACCAGGAAACAAGCCCAUAUCAACAUCUCUAAUAGUCAUGACAUAUCUCCUGAAAAAGUGUUACAAAUCCAGGCAGAGGCAGAAGCAGCAAUUAAACAAGAUCAUGAUGCAAAGGAAUUAAUGAAGGCCAAAAAUGAUUUCAGUAACUUUCUUUAUAACAAACAACAUACUUAUAAGAACUUAAAAUUGACUGGGGCUCAAGAAAUUAAUGCACGUAUCAGAGCUGCUUCCAAAAACAUUUUAAGUCAAGAUAUUACUAUUAAUGAUAUCAAACGAGAGGAAGUAAGCUUAAAAAACUUGAUAUUUUCGUUGGAGGAUUUAAUUAUUUAG